ACUCCCAACACUUGGAUUUAACUUUUACUUGCACCAAAUGAAAGUAAAGGCCAACGUCACUUAAUGUUAUGGUUUGGAUAAGCUUGGCUGUGGUUGGAUUUGUCCGCUUAUUCAAAUAGGUCUUGAAACAGCUCAAAGUCCCAUUAUCACAUAUUGAGAUGGUUCGUCUGCAUCAGUUUAAUGUACUGAUACUAAUUGGGUACAACGCUAGAUUAAUUAUAUGCAUUAGUAGACUAUCUUGGCUUGAUUCGAGCUUAUAACUAUAAGAAGUUAGUCCACUGUUGUAGAAAUUUAGUUUACCAUUGAUGUACCGAUGCAGUAAUAUACUGUGGACUUCUUUUUUAUGUAGAACCUCAAAAUUGACAGGUACUGCGUAGUUAAGAACGUCUUCAUCCGGCCAUCUCAUUUACCAAUCUCUAUGUUUUAGGCUUUGGGCCAAUAAUAGUGGUGUGUUUGUUCAUAAAUUAGAUGAAAAUAAGGAGACUCACUCUAGGGAUUGACACACGGGUUUAAGGGGGCGGGGACAUGCGAGGCCUACACCAUAUUGGCAUUGCAGUUGCCAUUUUCAAAUCUCAGACUGAGAUUAAAUGAUGGUUUGUAUGUAUUCGUCACCAAGCCGAACAAGAAGGUCACCGAUGUGAUCUCAUAACCUGGAUUACUCUCUUUUGCGUCCCAUGUCAUGAUAACAUCAUCACUGCAUUAUCAAAUGAGUUCUCUUAAUCCAGACAAGAAUGUUUUUCGAGGGUGAACCUUCCUAACUUGAUAUGAAAGUUCAAAAUGUGAAGAAAAUAACGAAAAAUCAAACUUUGAUUUUCAGGUUUACGGAAAUUUUUUUCCUACUCCAACCAGGAUUGGGAUUGGGAGCAAAGGCUCCCUCCAUUACUUGCAAGGGCAUACAAAAGUUUUAGGCAGAGGCGGGAAUGGCCCCAAUCCCUCACCCAGUUGUUCUCCCAUCAUGGAAAUUCCGUUCAUCCAUAUGUUAUUGGGAUUAUGAAUUUCAAUUAUUUCAUUGUAAUUGACCAUAAUAAGGAUCGUUAUAUGGUCUAUUAUAGAAAUUCAUGAAGUGGCCGGAGCAAGACAAAUACACUACUCAUGUAAUAACAGUUUUGAAUUAUUGAAAGUUGUCCAACAAGGUAAUAACCUAUUAUUAUAGAUUUCUAUACUCUUCAUUAGUCGACCCAUGCAUUAGUGUCAUGGUCCUCAUUGCAUAUCUUGAUCAGGAAUUCAGGAUAAGAGCCUAUCUCUUGAGGGGAUUGGGGAGGACAGUACGGUGGCAAUUAAUAAGUUCUCUUUUUUUUCUUUUUUCUGUUUUUGUGUGGAAGCUCGAGUUCCCAUCAGCUUCGCGGCAAUUAAUUCCCUUUACCACUAAUUGCUUUGGGGGAGAAGAACUGACACCUCCCACGUACUGUUAUUAGAAUUGCCAUACACCGACCAACUAGUGCGCAGUCUAGGUAGAUUUGAUAGUAUAAAUCAAUAUUGCUAUUAUGGUUUUAACUACAUCAUCGUAGAGGUAUUCUAUAAUCUUCAAUAUCCCAUUAGUACGUCGGCCAUGGAUUUUCUUUCCACUCCCUUACCUCCCAUUGCAAUAGGUUUAUUUGCAGUACUUGUUUUGGCAGUAAUCUUUCUGCGGAAGAAGAACAAGAAAUACCCUCCUGUUGCCGGAACUGUCAUACACCAACUGAUCAAUGUUCCAAGGCUGCACCAUUACAUGACUGAGCUUGCAUGCAAGUACAAAACUUAUAGGAUGCUCGACUUGUUCAGAUAUGCUGUCUACACUGUAGAUCCUGCAAAUGUUGAAUACAUUCUCAAAACAAACUUUGCAAACUAUGGCAAGGGAUUAUACCUGUACAACAUUCUGUCAGAUGUUUUGGGUGACGGGAUCGUCGCUGUGGAUGGAGAAAAAUGGCGGCAUCAGAGGAAGGCAGCAAGCUCUCAAUUCUCAACCAAAGUACUUAGAGACUUCAGCAGUGAAAUCCUCAAAACCAAUGCAGUAAAGCUUGCUAUGAUAAUAUCUGAAGCUGUGACCCGCGAUGCAGCAAUAGAGAUCCAAGAUUUGUUUACAAAAGCAACCUUUGACUCGAUCGUCAAGGUUCUACUUGGUAUCGAUCUAGACACCAUGUGUGGAAUAAAUAAUGAAGAAAGUAUCCAGUUUGCGAAGGCUUAUGAAAGAGCCACCGAAGCUGUCCUGUAUCGGAUUGCUGACAUCUCUUGGAGGAUCAAACGAUUCUUAAACAUUGGAAGGGAAGCAGUGAUAAGGAAUAAUAUGAAAGUGGUGGAUCAAUUCUUAUACAAACUAGUAAACAGCAAGAUUGAAACAGUCGGUAAUUCAGAAGAUGAGCCAUCUUUAAAGAAAAGAGACUUUAUCUCAAGGCUAUUGGAAACCAGAGAAGCUGAUCCAAAAUACUUAAGAGACAUGGUCCUUUUUUUUAUAAUUGGCGGAAAAGACACAACAGCUAGUGGUCUUUCAUGGUUUCUUUAUAUGAUGUGCAAGCAUCUUCAAAUACAAGAAAAGAUCGCACAGGAAGUUAGAGAAGCAACAGGUCUGAAUAAUACUUCAAGCGCCGACGAAAUUGCAGCCAACCUUACUGAAGAAUCGCUUAACAAAAUGCAAUAUCUCCAUGCAUCUUUGACCGAGACACUAAGACUCUAUCCUGCUGUUCCAAUGGAUGCGAGAGUUUGUUUUUCUGAUGAUACAUUGCCAGAUGGGUUUAGUAUUAAAAAAGGAGAAUUGGUGGUAUACCAAGCUUAUGCAAUGGGCCGGAUGAAAUUUCUAUGGGGUGAUGAUGCAGAAGAGUUUCGGCCAGACCGAUGGCUUGACGAAAAUGGCAUUUUUCAAGAAGAAAGCCCUUUCAAAUUCACAGCCUUCCAUGCCGGUCCAAGAAUUUGUUUAGGAAAAAAAUAUGGUUACAUGCAGAUGAAGAUCUUUUCAGCUGUGCUUUUAGGUUGCUACAAAUUCGAGAUGAGUGAUGAGAAAAAAGACGUCAACUACAAGACAAUGAUGACCCUCCAUAUCGAUGGAGGUCUUCAUGUUAAUGCUUCUCCAAGAGUUUGAGCAUGAAGAAAGUUGGAUUAUAUGUUUUGUUUCAAACAUCUUCCACUGCAAUAAAACUCUAUUGCCUAUUACAUAAUGUUUAUCGUGCAAUAAACAUGUAUUAUUGCUUUCAAGGACUCAAGGAGACAAAU